GGUCUGGCUUCAGCGAGUCCUCCCCAUUCCAGUUCCGGCGGUGACGCGGGGUUGCGCAGAGGUGAAGAUUGAAGCUACUGAAGGGUUGCGUGAUGGUGCUGCGUGCAAGAGCGUGGCUGCGUGGGGGCAGCGCUGUGCUGCAUGGCUGCAGGCUGAUCCACGACACCCACCCCUCCUGCAGCCGGAUGGUUCCCAUCGUCAUCGAGCAGACGGGUCGCGGGGAGCGUGCGUACGAUAUCUACUCACGCUUGCUGAGAGAGAGGAUCAUCUGUGUGAUGGGACCGAUCGAUGAUCACGUUGCCAGUCUGGUGAUUGCUCAGCUUCUCUUCCUGCAGUCGGAGAGCAAUAAGAAACCCAUCCACAUGUACAUCAACAGCCCUGGGGGCGUGGUGACGGCAGGGCUGGGCAUCUAUGACACGAUGCAGUACAUCUUGAACCCGAUCUCUACGUGGUGCGUCGGCCAGGCGGCCAGCAUGGGUUCCCUGCUCCUCGCUGCCGGCUCUCCAGGCAUGAGGCACUCGCUGCCCAACGCCAGGAUCAUGAUUCACCAGCCCUCGGGCGGUGCCAGGGGCCAGGCCACUGACAUUGCAAUCCAGGCAGAGGAGAUCCUCAAGCUGAAGAAACAGAUCAAUGCGAUCUACGCCAAGCACACGAAGCAGCCCCUCGAGAUCAUAGAGGGGGUGAUGGAGCGGGAUCGCUACCUGAGCUCCGUGGAAGCACAGGAUUUUGGGAUCAUCGACAAGGUGCUAGUGCACCCGCCGCACGCAGGAGAGGACGAGCCAGAGCUGGUGCAGAAAGAGACACCAACAUCAAGCAAACCAGAGCCCUGAGAGGAGAGAGAGAGAGGAGAGAGGCACUGACACACACACACACACACACACACACAAACAUCAAGCAAAUCAGAG